GGGGUCAUUAUUUGGCAGGGAGCGGCAGAGAGACGAGCAUUUCCUAGAUACCCACAGCAACGCGUGGAUUCAUUCUGCUUCCAUCACUUCAGAGGCGAGCCGGCGGAUUUUCUGGGUUGUUUAAACUUACUGGCUAGGUUUGGAAAGCCGUACGUUUGGAAAUAAAUCACACCAUCGUAUUUCCUCGGAAGUGUUUUGUUCCUGUACCGGGACUGUCAUCACUGAAGUAAACAUGACGAGCGCUACAUCUCCAAUCUUGCUAAAAUGGGACCCCAAGAGUCUUGAGAUUCGCACGCUGACUGUGGAGAGGUUGUUGGAGCCGUUGGUCACACAGGUGACCACCCUGGUCAACACCAGUAACAAAGGCCCAUCCAGUAAGAAAAAGGGACGCUCCAAGAAAGCUCAUGUGCUGGCUGUGUCUGUGGAGCAGGCGACCCAGAACUUUCUAGAAAAGGGUGAGCAGAUUGCUAAGGACAGCCAGGACCUGAAGGAGGAGCUGAUCGCAGCUGUAGAGGAUGUUCGCAAGCAAGGUGAGACGAUGCGCGCGGCCUCCUCAGAUUUUGCGGAUGACCCCUGCUCCUCUGUGAAACGCGGCACCAUGGUCCGUGCCGCCCGUGCCCUCCUCUCUGCCGUCACUCGCCUCCUCAUCCUGGCUGACAUGGCUGACGUCAUGAGGCUCCUGGCUCACCUUAAGAUCGUGGAAGAAGCUCUAGAAGCCGUCAAGAAUGCCACUAAUGAGCAGGACUUGGCCAAUCGCUUUAAGGAGUUUGGGAAAGAGAUGGUCAAACUCAACUAUGUUGCUGCUCGCAGACAGCAGGAGCUGAAGGACCCUCAGUGCAGGGACGAGAUGGCGGCAGCUCGAGGGGCUCUUAAGAAGAACGCCACUAUGCUCUAUACUGCCUCCCAGGCCUUCCUGCGCCACCCCGACGUGGCUGCUACACGUGCCAACCGCGACUAUGUCUUCAAACAGGUCCAAGAGGCCAUUGGGGGCAUCUCCAGCUCUGCCCAGGCCACUUCACCCACCGACGAGAAGCACGGCCACGCUGGCAUCGGCGAGCUGGCCGCCGCUCUCAAUGAGUUUGAUAAUAAAAUCAUUUUGGACCCGCUAACAUUCAGUGAGGCUCGCUUCAGGCCGUCACUGGAGGAACGUCUGGAGAGUAUCAUCAGUGGUGCUGCCCUCAUGGCCGACUCCUCCUGCACACGCGACGAUCGCCGUGAACGCAUUGUGGCAGAGUGCAACUCCGUGCGCCAGGCCCUGCAAGACCUGCUGAGCGAGUACAUGAACAAUACCGGAAGAAAGGAAAAAGGAGACCCAUUAAAUUCAGCUAUUGACAAGAUGACCAAGAAGACCCGUGAUCUUCGCAGACAGCUAAGGAAAGCUGUUAUGGACCACAUAUCUGACUCUUUCCUGGAGACCAACGUGCCUCUGCUGGUGCUGAUAGAGGCGGCCAAGAGCGGUAACGAGAAAGAGGUUAAGGAGUAUGCGCAGGUCUUCCGCGAGCACGCCAACAAGCUGGUGGAGGUGGCCAACCUCGCCUGUUCCAUCUCCAACAACGAGGAGGGUGUGAAGUUAGUGCGCAUGGCUGCUACACAGAUCGAUAGCCUGUGUCCUCAGGUAAUCAAUGCCGCCCUGACCUUGGCCGCACGCCCACAAAGCAAGGUUGCUCAGGACAACAUGGAUGUUUUCAAGGACCAGUGGGAGAAGCAAGUACGCAUCCUGACCGAGGCCGUUGAUGACAUCACUUCUGUUGAUGACUUCUUGUCUGUUUCAGAGAACCACAUUCUGGAAGAUGUGAAUAAGUGUGUGAUCGCCCUGCAAGAGGGGGAUGUGGACACCCUGGACAGGACAGCAGGAGCAAUCCGGGGCCGAGCCGCUCGUGUGGUACACAUUAUUAAUGCUGAGAUGGAGAACUAUGAACCUGGCGUCUACACGGAGCGUGUUCUCGAGUCCAUCAAGCUCCUCUCUGAGACAGUGAUGCCACGCUUUGCAGAGCAGGUUGAGGUCGCCAUCGAGGCUCUUAGCACCAGCCCCCCGCAGCCAUUCGAAGAGAACGAGUUCAUUGACGCCUCUCGUCUUGUUUAUGACGGAGUGCGUGACAUCAGGAAAGCAGUCCUUAUGAUAAGAACUCCAGAAGAGUUGGAAGAUGACUCUGACUUUGAGCAAGAAGACUAUGACGCCCGUAGCCGCACCAGCGUCCAGACAGAAGAUGACCAACUUAUUGCUGGACAGAGCGCAAGGGCUAUCAUGGCUCAGCUGCCUCAGGAAGAGAAGGCCAAGAUUGCCGAACAGGUGGAGAGCUUCAGGCAGGAAAAGAGCAAGCUGGACGCAGAGGUCGCCAAGUGGGACGACAACGGAAACGACAUCAUCGUGCUGGCCAAACAGAUGUGUAUGAUCAUGAUGGAGAUGACUGACUUCACUAGAGGCAAAGGCCCUCUGAAGAACUCCUCUGAUGUGAUCAAUGCUGCAAAGAAAAUCGCAGAAGCCGGAUCCAGAAUGGACAAACUUGCCCGUGCCGUGGCUGACCAGCUGGACAGCGCUACAUCCCUCAUCCAGGCGGCCAAGAACUUGAUGAAUGCCGUGGUCCUCACAGUCAAGGCCUCCUAUGUGGCUUCCACCAAGUACCAGAAGGUGUACGGCACGGCGGCGGUCAAUUCCCCGGUGGUGUCCUGGCGCAUGAAGGCCCCGGAGAAGAAACCCCUGGUGAAGAGAGAGAAACCAGAGGAGUGCCAGACCCGUGUCAGGCGAGGCUCGCAGAAGAAACACAUAUCCCCCGUCCAAGCCCUCAGCGAAUUCAAGGCCAUGGACUCCUUUUAACUCCGCACCACAGAUGCCCAAAACUCCUCCUCCUCCUCCUUCUCUCUUGAUUUCUUCUCCUCUCCUUGUUACGGCUUAUUUUCUUGGAACUGUAUCUUGUUCCAUGCAGCGACGUGUGUGUAUGUGCCCAGUAAAUGUCUGUGAGUUGGAGGGUUUGGCCACCCAUCCUCUUUGAAACAAAUUUCACUGUAAAUUUGAGAAACAAACAAACUCGUGACGGAAACGUUUACAGUGCAGGCUGCGGUACAAUUCAUGUGGCGUUCAUUCUCGCUGACUGGCCAUAUAUACACAGAUAUAUUAAAUAAUAUAAUUUAUGGUACAGUAGUGUCAGCCCUAACCGAGGCAGAGGUGCUGCUUUCCUUCCUAAUGAUUUUUUAUUAUUAUUAUUUAAAAUGAAUAUGACCCAUAGUAAUAGGAAUAACUUAUGUUGAAACAAGAUUCUUCCUUCCCAGUUAUCCAUAUGGUGACCUGAUGCACUAGUUUUUGCAUUUAAAAAUAAAUUUAUUUAAUUAUAUUACUGUAUGACUAACCACGGCAGUCAGGUUGGCUAUAGUAUUACAUUUAGAAAAGGACUAGUUGUGUGGUUUGCUCAGAGACUAGUAGAGUCCUGCAUACUUUAUAGUCCUGAUUCUCUAAUAAAC